AUGACAUUCCUUGUGGGAAAGCAUCUGGCUUGGGCCAUCACAACCACUGCUGGCAGUGGUUUCUUGCUAUUUGGCUAUGAUCAAGGUGUUAUGUCCGGUCUAUUGACGGGAGAUGCAUUCACCGCAAGAUUUCCGGAGAUUAAUACGACCAAGACCGGGCAUGGAAGCUCAUCGCUCCAGGGAACAGUAUAUGAUACUAACUUGGCCUUUUUCGGUAGGGUUGCUAUCUACGAAAUUGGAUGUUUCCUCGGUGCUAUCAUGUCCUUGUUUAUUGGUGAAAGGCUUGGUCGUCGCAAGUGCAUCAUGGCUGGAUGUGUGAUUCUGAGUAUCGGAGCCGCUCUUCAGUGCAGUGCCUACAGCAUUCCUCAUCUUAUUGUUGGUCGUAUCAUUGCUGGAAUCGGAAACGGUCUCAACACGAGUACUAUCCCUGUCUGGCACUCGGAGCUGAGCAAGGCCGCGAGUCGUGGAAAGGGGUUGGCUAUCGAGCUAGCCAUCAACAUUUUCGGUGUUAUGCUUUCAUAUUGGGUUGACUACGGAUUCUCAUACAACAAGAGUGAAGCCCAGUUCCGCUUCCCUAUUGCCCUGCAGAUCGUCUUUGCCAUCCUUACCUUCAUCGGUGUUGUAUUCCUGCCCGAAUCUCCACGAUGGCUCAUCAAACAUGGAAACGAAGACAAGGCUCGCCACAUCAUCUGGAGUUUGCAGGACAAUGCCAAAGAGAUCGAGGAGAAUGAUGCUGUUGUCAGUGUUGAAGUCCAGGAAAUUUCCCAGGCCAUUAGAGACGAGCAAGCUGCCUCGAGCGAGGGAUCGUUCAAGCUCAUCUUCCAGAAUGGGCAACAGCGCUUCUUCUACAGAACACUUUUGGGCAUGGGCGGCCAAAUGAUGCAACAAGUCUCCGGAAUCAACCUGAUCACAUAUUAUGCAACUGUGAUUUUCGAAGAGUCCGUGGGAAUGGAUCACAACACGGCGCUCCUGCUCGCUGGAUUUAAUGGGGUGGCAUAUUUCUUCUCCUCUUUGAUUCCCAUCUGGGUCAUUGACAGACUCGGUCGCCGUAAGCUAAUGAUGUUUGCCGUGACUGGUCAAGGCGCCUGCAUGGCGAUCCUGGCGGGAACAGUCUGGAAUGGCGGGCAUGCGGCCGGCUUAGUGGCAACGGUCAUGCUAUUCUUGUUCAACUUCUUCUUCGCAGUUGGCCUUCUUGCUAUUCCCUGGCUGUUGCCCGCAGAGUACUCUCCACUCGCGAUUCGAACCCGAUCAGCUGCUCUCGCGACUGCAACUAAUUGGAUUUUCACUUUCCUCGUUGUCGAAAUCACCCCCGUCAGCAUUUCUAACAUCGGCUAUCGAACAUACAUUUACUUUGCCGUCUUCAAUUUCUGCUUCCUUCCUCUAAUUUACUUCUUCUACCCGGAGGCACGGAACCUUACUCUGGAGCAGAUUGACCAUCUCUUCACUGGAGAAAAGGUCAAACUGUACUGGCAUCCGUCCAUGGGCAUGGCCGGAGAUGUCAAUGCACGGAUUGCUCACGGCAAGGACCUCGAGAGCGUGAAUGCUCAGCAUGUUGAGUAG